AUGUCUGACAGCGAUGAUGAGCCCAUCACCCUCUCGGCACAUGCUCUCGCGGCGCUCAAGUCAUUCGAGGCAGAGAGAGACGAGCACCAGGCAAAGUUCCAGAAACUGAAGGACGAGGCGGAGAGCAACAGCCUGCUGUCCAUAGAUACUUUCCAAGAGGACUGGAAUGAGUCUCAGUUUUGGUAUUCAGAAGAAACUGCCAAUACUCUGGCUACGGAGCUGCUUAGAGAUGCGACCAGUGACAUGACCAUCGGUGUUGUCUCUGCGCCAAGUGUUUUCGUUGCGCUCAGGAAUCUCCUGCGAGAUCGAAGCGAUGAUGAGAAGCCAAAGCUUGUUCUUCUGGAACACGACAACCGGUUUGGCGUGUUUCCCGAAUUUUACUUUUAUGAUUUCCAACAGCCAGUCAAACUACCAGGUCACCUCAAAGGAUCCAUGGACAGAAUUAUCGUUGAUCCACCAUUUCUGAGCGAAGACUGCCAGACCAAAGCUGCCUUGACCGUGCGCUGGCUUCUCAAACCAAGCAGUGGCGGACCAUCACCCAAUCUCAUUGUCUGCACCGGAGAAAGAAUGGAGUCCCUGAUUCUCAAGCUAUACAAGGCACUAGGAGUGCAGACAACUGCCUUUGAGCCCAAGCAUACAAGAGGCCUCAGCAAUGAGUUUUACUGCUACGCCAAUUUCGAGUGCCCAAAUUGGAAAUGGCGGUAG